UUAAGCCUGUUAGGUCAUCUUGUAUAUCACUAAAGUUACGAAAACAUUGAUGUGUCGUAUGUACCAGUGGAAUUAUAGUGUCGAAUAUUAAACGAUGUUAAAUUAAAUUUUAUUUUUCUUUUUGUUUUGCCUGACAGACUAGUUGCAGGGAAAAGGAACGUCACGUUCUUCAGAGAGCAGCUGUGUCCGGUCACCACAUAAACAUCUCACUGCUCGGUGUUAGCCGGACGAAGAGUCACCUAGGUUUGAACUACGGCUAAACUUCAGCUAACAUCUUUAGCACCAUGUCUGCUGCUGUGAGGGGCUCGGCCCGCGUGCCUGUUCGUGGGCCCGGUGAUGGCAUGGAAACUGAAAAACCACUGGCCAUCAUGGAAGUAAACACAGAUACAGUUCCUCCAAGUACUGUAGCCCCUCUCUUGAAGGUGGUUAGUCCAAAACACAGCCCAAAAUCUACCCACUCCACUCCGCCUGCUGCUGUCGCUCCCCAGCCCCUUGGUGUGCUCCAUUUGGGCAAGGUUAGUCAAGAGGCCUGCACGGAGGUGGAGGCCGUCAGGAUCCUUGUCCCACGUGCUGCUAUUUUGCGGAGCACCCGUACUGGACCAGCUGAGGGUAAAGGAGAGUCUGGGCAACAGAUGGAUGAGCAGGGAUCUCCCCCGUUGCCUUUGACUGAGGAUUGGAGAGGACAGCUGGAGAAGCUGCAGAACUCUGAACGCAGGCUCCUGCAGGAUAAGGAAGGCCUUUGUAAUCAGUUGCGUGUACAGACCGAGGUGAAUCGUGAGCUAAAGAAACUUCUAGUGGCAUCAGUGGGUGAUGAUCUUCAGUACCACUUUGAGCGUUUGUCACGGGAAAAGAACCAGCUUAUUCUGGAGAAUGAAGCUUUGGGGAAAAAUCUGGCUCACACUACAGAGCAGCUGGAGCGAAUGAGUAUCCAAUGUGAUGUUUGGAGGAGCAAGUUCCUGGCUAGCAGAGUCAUGGCAGAGGAGCUGACAAAUGCUAGAGCUGCUCUCCAGAGACAGGUCAGAAAAGCACAAGGUGCAAUUCAGGACCUGCUGUUAGAAAGAGAGGAAUUCUCCAGGGAUAUGGUGCUUAGUCACAGAUCUCUGGAGCAGCUCCUAGUGUCCCUGCAGUGGGGCAGACAGCAGACAUAUUAUCCCAGUGCACAUCCCCUAAGUACGGGGGAGCUGGCUGCUGCUAAUCACAAACUAGCAGAUGCUAUCAACUCCCACCUCUUAGGCAACAGUAGCAGUAGCACCGUGAAGAGCAGCAAUGCAACAGCUGAGCAGCUCUGCAGCACACCUGCUGAAAAGAUGGCCGAAAAGGUGCUCAAAAUUUUAGAUCCAAUUUGCCCAGAAAACAAAGCAGACCCUAAAGUCAAUGACUCCACUCCUUCAAAUCUUUUCAGCAAUAAAAAGAGCAUCGGCAGGUUUCAUCCGUACACCCGCUACGAGAACAUUACUUUUAAUUGCUGCGAGCGCUGCACUGGAGACAUCCUAGUGCUGUAGAGGUCAAAGAGAGGAAAAACCUCAGUCUGACACUGGCUAAUAACUUAAGCUUAUUGCAGAUGGUCUCCGCUGAAGUGUGUUCUGCAGCCUACAGCUGAUCUGUUUUAGGUGAAAUCUUUGUCCGGACAUUAGGCAGUGUUUGAUUUCCACAAUUUCAGAUGAUUUAACGUAGUAUAAAGCUGCUGUUUAAAACACCAAAUAUGAGACGACCAGUGGUUUUGAGACACAAGGUGCUUUUUUGUGGUGGGUUGGGAGUAAAGACGAGCCAGUGUUACAUUGUAAAAAGGUUAAGUAUAAAAAAAUGGAAUAAUCAAAUCCAUUCUCACUCCUGCACUGUGACAAUGAAAGAAAUAUAGGUGAGCAUCUUAAACUGUUUUAUCAUGAGAAUAAUACUUCUGUCAAACAUAUUGUAAUGUUUCAUCCUGUCCUGUAAAGCAAUAAUAUACAGUAAGUAUUUUCAACAUGGAUUGACAGGACUAAAUAUUAUUGUGCAGCAAUGUUAAAAAGUCCUGAUGCUCAAACAUCUAGUCAUUUCCACAGCAUUUUAUUUCCCUUUUGUUUGUUCAAAUAUAAACAUUAGAAACAUUUUUGCUAAGAUCUGAUUUGUUUAAUUGAAUCAUGUCUUUGUAUUCCAUUAUUUUGACCGUUUUUGUGAUACUACAUACUUUCGUAAACCCAUGCAGUAUGUAACAGUGAUUGUGACUUUGAUUAUUUACAUUACUAUUUAUACAUGAAAUAAAAAGACCAAAGUGCUUUUAA